CUGGAACUUUGUCAAUAUUAUAAUUGCAAAACAACAUGAAGUUAAGGCCACCAAAAGUAGAGAAGACAUGAUGAGGAAUAAAAUUCCAGAUAGAAGUGGGUCUUCUUAGGAAUUGUUUUAUCCAAUUGAUCUUGAAAGUAUUAUUUAAAGUAGUAAAAUCCAGAAAAUUCAGUCCACCAUUCUCAUUGCAAUAUUGCGCCUAUGGGUUUAGAAAAGCUACGACCACGUCUUCUUCCCAGAGAUGAUUGGUCCAGAACGAGGUCACAACCUCCCCCCAGAAAACACUGCGAUUGGUUGGUGAAAUCAUCACAUUGGAGGGAAACAAUGGCUGAAGUGAAUUCUGACAGUGACAGCGACCUUGAGUCGACCGCCCCCGUGAAGCCUCAACCCAAACGGCGUCGUAUCAUCGACCCCUCGUCUAUUACCACCGUGCCUAUCUACUCGAACAAGGUGAACAGCAGCUUACAGCUGAAUCCAACUCUCUUCGCCUGUGACGUUAACGCAGGUGACAAUGCAGAGGAGGUCAGUUUGUGGGCCAAGUCUCCACCCUCAAAGAAAAAUAAGCCAAACAUCAUUACCUUGAAUGACUCAGAGGAUGAGUCUGAGCCAGAGGACAAAGAUCCGGUAGACAUCCGUUCCCCCUCUCCACCCCCACCUCCAGGCAGCCCUUUUGUCAAAGUAUCCAAUCGGGCCAAUCGAAAGAUUCUAGAGAUCAACAGAAAGCUAAAGGCUGUGGGCUCUCUCCUCUCUCCCGAGGCCAAAGAGCGGUCUGGAUGCCGCGGCUGCCACUCCCCUCCUCUCACGGAGUACGACGACGAUGAUGAUGAUAUCAUCCUCGUGUCCCCAAACUCCCGGCCCAGGAGCCAGCCCCUCGCCCCCUCCCGAGACCACAGCCCCCUGACAUCCAGAGAGAUCGCCCUCAAGUUCCGCAGCCGGACAGACCUCUACAAGAUCCCUGUGUUAACUACGGUGCCUCUGAGCAAAGCGGUGGAGCAGCUGUCAGUCAAGCUCAAAGUACCGCCCUCCCGCAUCCUGUUACUGAGGAGAGACAUAGAGCUUCCUGUCCACUCCACAGCAAAUGAGCUGGGCCUGGGAAUCGCUGACAUCAUAGACUGUGUUGUCAUAGCAGCAGAUGAUAAACACGAGUCUGAGCAAAGUGGUGACAUGCUCACUGUGCGACUGCAGACCAAGGAGAAAGGCUCAGCACAGGAAUAUUCCCUACACAAAGAUGCCCCCCUGGGCUCCAUUCUCUCCCAGUAUGUGUCCAGUAUGUCCGUGGAUGCCAGACGCAAGGUGCGCUUCCAGUUUGACGGGUCAAAGGUCGUCCACAGCCAGACGCCCUCCCAGUUGGACAUGGAGGACGGGGAUGUCAUUGAGGUGUGGGUGUAAACACCUGUGGUAUUUUCAUAGGGCUGUGGUUUUCAAACCUCUUCUCUGGGAUCCCCAGACGUUUCAAAAUUGUGUUGUAGCCCUAUACUAACUCACCUGAUUCACCUAGCCAAGGACUUGAUUAGUUAACCAUUUUAAUCAGGUGUGUUAGCUGAUAUAGUUAAAAUACAUGAAACGGCUGGAGGUCCCCAAGGAAAUGUUUGAGAACCCCUGUCAUAGAUGAUUUAGUUGUAUAUGAGAUGGACACAACAAACAAAAAAAGGAUAGAAAGAUGUCCCAGUGCAAUGUUUUUUUAAGAUGCAUUUACUGCACUUGGUCCAAAUAAGACUCUUCAAUAUUGCCACUGUCAAUUUAUGAUUGUUUAUUUUAUUUUUAUUUUUUUUAAACGAUUUUGAAAUAAAAAUGUCUGUUCAAAUGAA